AUGUCGAACAAUACGGCCCCCGACAGUUGGGAAUCUCAGGCUGAUUCCACAUCGACGAACAAUUCGCCACAACACACUACAAAUAUGACAGCUCAAUUUUCCACGUUGAACGUUAAUGCUGUCGAAUUUGUGCCUUCGUUUUCGUUCUCGAAACCCGCUGAUGCCGAUGUAGUCGAGAACGAAUCACCAACUAGUUCGCAAGGAUCAAAUUCAUCGCCCAAACAUAGCCCGUUAUUAAACGGUAACGUCGGGGACACCUUAGUCGAAAGGGUGGAAGUCAAAGAGCCGCCGCCCAUCCCGCCGGCCGACGGGGACGCAUCCCCGGCGGGCGAGGGCGGCACGUGGGAGGACGUGGCCGACGAGGACAGCACGUCGGCCUCCGCCCCGCCGGCCACCACGCCGGAGGGCGACGACGACGAGGAGCCCUCGUCGGAGGAGGCGCCGAUCAAAAUCAAAAAGAAGCCCGCCGUCAAGGAGAAGCCCGAGGAGGACAAGAAGGAGCACAUCAACGUGGUGUUCAUCGGACACGUGGACGCCGGCAAGAGCACCAUCGGCGGCCAAAUCAUGGCCUUGACCGGUAUGGUCGACAAGCGAACGUUGGAGAAGUACGAACGAGAAGCCAGAGAAAAGAGCAGGGAGAGCUGGUAUUUGAGCUGGGCUUUGGAUACCAAUCAAGAAGAAAGGGAUAAGGGAAAGACGGUGGAAGUCGGUCGUGCCUUUUUCGAGACGGAAAAGAAACAUUUCACGAUUUUGGACGCUCCCGGACACAAAAGUUUCGUGCCUAACAUGAUCGGCGGAGCGGCGCAGGCCGAUCUCGCCGUGCUGGUCAUCUCGGCGAGGAAAGGGGAAUUCGAGACGGGAUUCGACAGAGGCGGCCAAACCAGGGAGCACGCCAUGCUGGCCAAAACGGCGGGCGUUAAAUAUCUCGUGGUGCUUGUAAAUAAAAUGGACGAUCCUACGGUCAACUGGGACGAAGCUAGAUACAACGAGUGUAAAGACAAAAUUCUUCCUUAUCUUAAAAAACUAGGUUUCAUUUUGAACAAGGAUUUGUACUUUUUGCCUUGUUCGGGCCAGACGGGCCAAGGUUUGAAGGAGAAGAUAGACGAAUCGAUUUGUUCGUGGUACAGGGGCGAGGCGUUCAUACCGUUCAUAGAUAGUCUGCCGUCGUUGACGAGAAAAACCGACGGGCCUUUUAUAAUGCCUAUUGUAGAUAAAUAUAAGGAUAUGGGUACAGUGCUGAUGGGCAAAGUCGAAUCGGGCGAAUGUAAAAAGGGCCAAACGAUGCUCAUCAUGCCGAAUAGGACGCCCGUCACCGUCGAUAUGUUGCUAUCGGACGACGACGAAGUCAAUCGGGUGAUACCCGGCGAGAACGUCAAAGUGAAAGUCAAAGGUGUGGAGGAGGAGGACGUCAGUCCGGGUUUCGUCCUGUGCGAUUCCCUCAAUCCGAUACACACCGGUAGAGUGUUCGACGCCCAAUUGGUCAUAUUAGAACAUAGAUCGAUCAUAUGCGCGGGUUACAGUGCCGUCAUGCAUAUCCAUUGCGCAGCCGAAGAGGUCACCGUCAAAGCCUUAAUAUGUUUGGUAGAUAAGAAAACGGGAGAGAAAAGUAAAACUCGCCCGAGGUUCGUCAAACAGGAUCAAGUAGCUAUUAUGAGAAUUGAAUGCGCCGGAGUGAUUUGCUUAGAACCGUUUAAGUUUAUGCCGCAAAUGGGCAGAUUUACGUUAAGAGAUGAAAAUAGAACAAUUGCCAUCGGGAAAGUACUGAAACUGGUGGAAUAA